AUGUCUUUGUAUACCGUAUAUGUUUCAAAGUAUAUUUUACAUUAUCCCUGAAAGUUAUAUAUAAAUCGGAUAAGUACUCGCUGAGAUAUCCCCAAAAAACCAAAACUUAAUAGACUUUUGAGCGGUACUGUACUUCAGCUCCAGAGCAAAAAAAAUUUUGCGCACUAAAUAAUGUUCUCACCAUAAGCUUGAAAUGCUUAGGGAUUUCAAAGUGGUCCCUAGAGGGGUUAGGGAGAGAAAAAACCCCUUUAGGAGCCGAAAAAUCAGCCCCUAUAGUGGUAAAAUCAAGGUGGUCCCUAUAGGGGUUUAGGGUUUGACCACUUAGCCUCUAAAGCUUAAGUGGAUCCUAUAGGGAUCGUUCAAUUUCAUUCAAAAAGGUUAAUUUUUUAAUUUUUCGCAUGGAAUUCAUAAAAGUUAUCGAUUAGCAUGUCCUCUAUAGGGGAUACUAAAACAAGCCCCUAGAGGGACCACUUUUGCAAGCUUCAGUGGCCCCUAUAGGGGUUGGUGAAGUACCCCCCAGUGGGGACCCUACAGGGAUCACUCUGGAGAUCCUAAGAAGCGCCUUUUUGUCAAAAUCCACGAAAACUCUAUUUCUACAGGUAUCAUCCCGAAGCGGACUGGUCUCCAAAAGGCUUGAAAUUGUUCAAAAAUGGCGAGUUUUACCAUUAGGUGGCUCUUAUUGAUUUUUCUCUCUCAGAAUCAAAAGUAAGCCAGCUAAUUUUCGAGAAGCACUUCACUAUACGGAAGUUCUACGACGAAGUGAUCCUCUCAAGGAGUUUUGUCGACGCCGUUUUCGAGAAUAUCGAUUUCACGAUUUUCUUGAAACAAAUGGCAGAGACUGGAGUGAGUGAUUUUGGAAAAAAAAGGGUUGAUUUGUCUAGAAACUUGACCUAUCUUCGGAAGAGGUCCCUAUAGGGGCACCUGAAGGUUCUGCUCUAGGGACCAGUUAUAGACUAGGAGAGGAAGCAUUUCCAUGCGAAAAACUUGAUAAAUUAGCGUCAUUUGAAUGGAAAUUUACAAUGAAUUGAUCAAUUUGGUCGUUUUGGUCUUCAAAACUGAACAGAGAAUCAAAAUACCCUGUAAAGGCUUAUGGUUAGACCUUAAAUCCCUAUGGGGACCACUUGAAUUGUACACUUAUAUGGUCCCUUGUGCUCCAGGUUUUCUCCCUAACCCCUAUAGGGAUCACUCUGGCAUUCCUGAGAUUUUUUUCUCUUCUUGGAACUAAUAAUAAUCAAGGAGGUCUCUUAAGGGGCUAGUUAUAAUAUUGAUCGAUAAGGGAGAAUUUUGAAAAUUUCUUUGAUAUCCUUUUUCUCCCAUGAGUCCAUUUUUUGAUUUAUCUCGCAACCUUUUUUUUAGUUUCUGAGAUUUUGGAAAGCUUAUCUCGAGGGCUAAUUCUUUAGCUCUACGGCGUCGAUGAGAUGUUCUGGCCGACGAUAUUCAUGAAUCAACUCGGACUCCCUGGGCAGUUGGAAAAUCCUAAGUGUCACGGAAACGUCGAUGGCAUAACUCGGUAAAAAAUGCCACCCGGAAUGGCUUGAAGCGUCGCGGUUGCGUUGCGUGUUGAUAGCCGAAAUUGAAUCAAGCGUUUUUGUUAGUGGAAGACAGAGCUGUGCGUUGGGCCGAGGUUGAUGGCCGAAUCGGCCCACAAUUGUCGCAAUCGCGAGCUUUUUUCAUCUCAUUUCAUAAUUUAAAUCACAUAAAUUUUCCAAUAAACACACUUUCGAUCACUCACUCCCACAUUUACACACUCUGUGAAAAUUUCGAGACAAAAAAGUUUGAAAAGUGGCAAAUUUUCGGCCGCUUCGCGACCGCGUUGCAACACUAUGGCCAGCCCGGCUGGCCCAAAGCACAGCUCUGGUGGAAGAAAAUGCAAAACCAAAAAUUAAGUGGGCGUGGUCAAAAUCUCAGCCGUUCUCACGUGACGUCAUGGGAACGGCAGCGACUCUAAUAGCGUUAAUACGGGAGCGUAUUAAAGGCGCAGGCGGUCGUAUUACCAAAGAUCUUUAAGACGAAUCUAAAUUUCUCUACAUUCUUCGAAAAUAGAGGGCCACUAUACAGGGUCGCCAAGGACUACUUGGAAUGAUACUAAAUUGGCCACUAAACCCACCUCUAUAGUGGCCACUAUCUUCCGUUUUAGGGGCCACUUCAGUAGUUAUUCAUCCAGUAUUCCUUCCAGUAACUCUGAUAAUUUUAAAACAAACAGAUUGGACCAGUUAUGUUGAUCCAUGGACCCCUAAAGUGGCCACUAAAUUUUUUAGUGGUCUAUUAGUAGCACUUAGACCUCUAUACUGGCCACUAAUUUGAGUACUACAGUGACCACUGACACGUCGAAACCCUAUAGGGGCCACUAAAAGUUUUCCCAGUGAAUGCAAUUUUUCUGCGCGGCGCAGUGCAUGCACACAAAACACAAAACUUUACGGAGAAAAAGUGGGCGUGGCUUCGUCGAAUGAACGCUCUGCGAUCUUUACCGACUUUCUUUAGCGCGCGCAAGUAGUUUUCCGUCGGUUGCACUGAACGAAGCGUGACGCUUCGAGUGAUUCUUUGAAAAAUUUGGAUUCAGAUUUUUUUUUAAAGGCACUCUAUCUUCAAAGUCGGUCGCAAAAUCACGAGCGGUCCUUUUUGGGAAUGCAAGUCGAAAUGGCUCCGACAUUCGAUCUGUGUCCUCGGAGUGGAAUAUUUACCCGAAAUCGAUAGGGCCACGGAACUUCAUAGUGGGAUUAAUAGCCGUUUUUUUCAAGAUUAUAGUCAUUUUAGUGAACAAGCCGCUGGGCGAGUUCGAUUUCGGUACUGUCAUUUGCACCGCCGAAAUGUUGCACAAUCGAACGAAAGGCUUGAGAAAAUCGACUUUCAAUGAAACUUAUUAUAGAAAUUUGCCUGAGGUUCGUUUUGAUAGAGGGGAAAAGUGAAAAAAAAAGAUGGUAGGAAGAAAUUUUGGUUCAGCGAAAAUUCGUGAGCGUGCAUACACCAAUCUUGGGGGCUUGAAUCUCUUCAAUUUUGAAUUUUAAGAAUCUAGAGGUCAUUUUUGAGUUGCUAAAAGGGUGCCAAAAAAUUUUCCGGAUCUCUUUUUUUUCGCCUUCUUCUUUUAGGUCUUAUGUCCUUUUUAGAAAAAGGAUCAAAAAAAAAAAGCCUGUGAAGUUUUGGGACUUCUCACACGAGACAUGAUUUAUUAAAGGAGCAUAGGCGAAGCCCACAAAGAUUUCUUCAGAUCGCUGCGCCUUUAAAUUUAAAAAGACCCUCUUUAUGCCUAAAUGCCGAUUCAUUUAUUUUUUCUCCGCAUUAUUUGGCUUGAGGUUUAAUUUCGAUACAGAUUUUAGACAGAAAAAAACAGAGUUACAUUUUUUCCAGGAAAAUUUUUAUAUAAAAGUAUACCAAACUCAAAUGUCAGUCUUGAAAAAAAGUCAAUCAAUCAAAAAAAUUUUAAUGAAAAUGGUCCUAAAACGGUAGGUGAAGCUACAGUAACCUACGUGAUUUUUUGUUGGCCUUGGAGCGAUUUGUUCCGGAAAUGCAGAAUGUUCGAUUUCAGGUCGUUGAACUGAACAGCAAGCGCGAUGGUAGAAUCACUCGAUGCCUUGGGAAUCAAUUAGAAGACUUUUUAUCGGCCGGAUUAUCGCAUUUCUCGAUUGCCUCUCUACUUCUCAUUUCAUUAGUGCCAAACUUCGACCUCAUCUGA